CUCUCGCAAACAUGGUGAACGUUCCUAAAACCCGCCGGCCUUUCUGCAAGAAGUGUGGCAAGCACCAGCCCCACAAAGUGACACAGUACAAGAAGAGCAAAGAUUCUCUUUAUGCCCAGGGAAAGCGGCGUUAUGACAGGAAGCAGAGUGGCUAUGGUGGGCAGACUAAGCCGAUUUUCCGGAAAAAGGCUAAAACUACAAAGAAGAUUGUGCUGAGGCUUGAAUGUGUUGAGCCCAGUUGCAGAUCUAAGAGAAUGCUGGCUAUUAAGAGAUGCAAGCAUUUUGAACUGGGAAGAGAUAAGAGAAAGGGCCAAGUGAUCCGGUUCUAA